CGGCUCCUCCCCUGCGGGCUCCUCCCCCUGGCCGGGUGCUUCAUGCGGCUCUUCUGGCCGCACAGCCUGGCUGCGGCUCCGGCUUGGGGUUCCUCGGGCGAGGAUGGAGCAGUAGCCGAUCCUCCUUUUCCUCGCAGGAAUCGCCUGCGGUGGUACUGACCAUGAGCUCCGAGCGUAGGGAGCAGGCGGCGCCCCGGUCUGACGGAGGUGGCUGCGCCUGUGGCCGCCGGGGCAGCGGCGGAGGCAGCUGGCGCCUCUUCCUGGGCUUCUUCGCGCUCUCGCUUGCGCUGCACCUCCUUACCCUGGGCUGCUACCUGGAGCUGCGUUCCGAGCUCCGCCGGGAGCGGGACCCCGAUCCCACGCCUUCUCCCCGUCACGGGGGUACCGCGGCCGCCCAGAGCUCCUCUGGCUCGGCCCGCCUGCAGCACCUCGCCGAACCCACGGACCGCCGCCAGCAGCUGGCCUUGCUGAAUUUCUUCCUCCCUGAAGAAAAACUGCAUCUUGAAGAAGAAACUAGGCAUGUUCGCCGAAAUAAAAGGAGUAAAAGUAGUGAAGGACCUGAUGGUCCAAGUUCAGUUAAAAACAAGAAAAAGGGUAAAAAGGCUGGUCCUCCAGGGCCCAAUGGUCCUCAAGGGCCACCAGGACCUCCUGGACCCCAGGGGCCCCCAGGAAUUCCAGGAAUCCCUGGAAUUCCAGGCACAACUGUAAUGGGACCUCCUGGUCCUCCUGGUCCUCCUGGCCCCCAGGGACCACCUGGGCUUCAGGGCCCUUCAGGUGCCACAGACAAAGCUGUCUCCAGGGAGACACAGCCAGCUGUGGUUCAUCUCCAGGGCCAAGGGUCAGCAAUUCAAGUAAAGAAUGGUGGAGUGCUCAAUGACUGGUCUCGCAUCAUUAUGAACCCCAAGGUGUUUAAGCUGCAUGCACGCAGUGGGGAGCUGGAGGUACUGGUGGACGGCACAUACUUCAUCUAUAGUCAGGUAGAAGUGUACUACAUAAACUUCACAGAUUUUGCCAGCUAUGAGGUGGUGGUGGAUGAAAAGCCAUUCCUACAGUGCACCCGGAGUAUUGAAACAGGCAAGACCAACUUCAACACCUGUUACACAGCUGGGGUCUGCCUCCUCAAAGCCAGGCAGAAGAUUGCAGUGAAAAUGGUCCAUGCUGACAUCUCCAUCAACAUGAGCAAGCACACGACUUUCUUUGGGGCCAUACGGCUAGGAGAUGCACCAACAUCUUAGAUGAACUUGGCAUAUACAUGGAGUCUCCCAGAACUGCACAGUGCUGCUUUUCAUAAGAAUAUGAGGGGGUUCUAUAAUCCAGCCACAAAGAAAACUGAUCCAGAGCUAUUUAUUUCUUUACGUGGAUACAGGAAGAGCAAGGUCACCUGUGAUUUGCAUGGAGACUUGUAUUGGAAAGGCAGUUGAGAAAGCAUUGUGAAGAAGAAAGGCUAGCAUGUCCUUUCUUGCCUCAGUGUUUCAAGUAUUACUGCACUGAUAUUCUGCUCUGUGGUCCUCACCAGAGAUUUCUGAUGAGAAUGAUAUGUGUUUCAUGCUUUUAUGUUGCACUAGCUAUAGCAUCCAUGGCAGUGGCAGAAGGCGAGAAAAGACAGACUUUCUGAUGAGUUGUUCUCUCUAGGCACUCAUGCACUGCUGCCUUUGCACACUGAGGGCAAGAAACCUGUGGGGUUUCUCCACCUACGAGGGAGAGUUCUAUUUUAGGGCAAUGACAUUGCAGUGUGAAAGGUGACAAUGCGCCCCAGACAGUGGUGUUCAUCCUCUGGGCUGUAAGAAUAAAUAGGUUGAGUGCUUCUCUACGAGGCUUGGAAGCAAGGUGCAAAUGUAAUAAGCAUUUGAUGAGCAUUAAAAGAUAGUCACAAAAUAAAAUGAUACCACAUAAAAAAUUCUCUCACCAUUUUGCAAGCCCAGCAUUGAGAUGCUCUAGGCAGCAAUGACCACGAGAUGUUUCGGUGCCACUGGUACUUUUAAGCUCCUGCCAUGUGCCCAGAGGUUUAAGUUGCUCUAAUGGGCACUUCCUGGAAGUGGUGGUGUUGCAAUAGCAACUUGUGAUUUUACAAAACUAACUUGUUGCAUGUGAGGAAAUAUUUACAUAGGCUUCAUAGUGCAGCCUGCUGCAAACACGGCUACACACACACACACACACACACACACUGCAGCAUCCACUGAAAUGGGUUUUUUUAAGAUUAACAUAUACAAGCAAACAGGGAAAUCUUUUCUGUUACUGGCAAUUAUGUGCUGAGUUCUAGGUGCUUUAUUCUUUUCCUAUACUAGUGAAGAAUCUUUCAUUUCUUGUCUGCCCUUCUCUAUCAGAAAGAAAGUGUAAUAAGUGGUGAUUAACUAUUUUCCAGCAUGACCUGUACUGAAAACUUUGAUCCAACGCAUACUCACCCUUCCCACUUCUCUUUUCUCUGGACUCAACUGAUUCUAGUCCCAAUGUACCUUUUAGGCAUUAAUGGAAAAAUUAGAAGACUGUUUCUUCAAGCUUUCUGAGCAGCCCUUUCCUACUAUUUCCAUUUGACUGAUGAACUCUAAAUCCAAGAGCUGUACUUGAAUUCAGGAAGGGGAAAGGACUUUAUUCACUUCUCUGUAUCAUACCCUUUAAAAAAAAUAAACUGGCCAUCUUUGAACAGAGCUUUCCCCAAAAAUACAGAUUAUAUAUGGGAUGGUGAUAGCUCAGUCAAUAUAUUAAAAUAAAAAUGAAUUUCUGGAGAUUGGAAGAAAAUCUUAAACAGACAGCCUAGUGCUACCUUCCUCUUUACCAAUAAAGGCUACUUGACAGUGAUAACCUAUUGGCAUUUGAAAAUGACCCUCCAGAGCACCACAAAGACAGGAAUUGGCUUGGCCAACUAAGGUGCCAACCUAUAAUCUUCAGCCCAGAGUACCCUUAGCUUCACUGUUCUUCCCCAUUCAUCAUGAGCGAUGUCAAUGUAUAAGGAGAAAAGCACCUUCCAAAGAUUGCCAUUCCUAUGAGAGAAAUGCAUCAUAGGGGGAACUAGCCUUUGAGUUCAGGCCUUGCUACUCAUUGGAGGGGUAUAGUUAUGCCAUAAGUGCAUGACAAAUUCCCUAUUAUUCUUUUCUUCAUAUGAUCUGCCUCCUUUCCAUCCUCAACAUGUUGGACUAGCAUGAACAUUAGGACAUUUAACUAGUUUUCAGUGGUUUGUUUCCCUCAGAAUCGAUUAGAAAGACACAUUCUUCAGAUAACAAUGAAAUUGGGAAAUGUUUGUGAUGGGAACCUCUGUUAACCAACUCAUUAACAAGUAUACUUUCAAAUAUAGUCUACUUAAACGAGAAGACUAGGGACAAGCAGAAGUAGUGAAAUGACAGACAAGAGCAUGAUGGAGUUAGUAAUGCUCUUGUGUCCCAUUGUGCUAGGCCCCAUGAUUCCGAGUUGAAUGAUAAGGCUUCCACUAAGCAGCAAUAUUUCAUCUGUGCAAAGGCAGAACACUCACUGUGGGGAGCACCAUGUAUCUCUGUCUAGCACUCCUCCUGGCAUGUACAUAGAACAGCAAUGAAGGACUCCGGAAGGAACAGAAUAGCGCCUUCCUCAUCAGCUUUAAUUUCUUGUAUGUUCAGUUAGUAGAAUGCACCUUUUCUGAUUUUGCAUUAGACCAAAUGGUGAAUUCAAUAUAACUUGAGUUGUACAGCAUCGAGCACAGGAGACUGGGGAUCACAUUACCUGAAGAACUCUGAUAGUAUGUUAAUGGCCGUAUUCAUUACUGGUAUAAAUGACUGUAAUUCCAUGAGAGAGUGAAUUGAGCUAUAAAGAGUCUUUUUAUAAAUGAAAAGUUAAUGGCUUCUCUA